AUGAAACGAAAAGCAGAGAAGCAACAGGCUGCCGCACCUGUCAGCGCCAUGAGCGCCAUUGCGGCGCGCAAAGCUCGGCAGCAACAGGCGCAAGCGGCGCCCGUUCCCAAGACCCAGGUGGUUGUUGAAAUUCCAGUCGGGCCACCAGCGAAAAGACCCAAAAUAUCAGAUGAUGAGCGAGAGGCCGCUGUCGACGUGGAGGAAACAAAAGGCCGUCGAACAAGGUCGUCGACGAAGCGGGAGGCCCCCUCGAGCGUGCCAACAAAAGAUGGCCGUCAAAAGAGGUCACAACCCCACAAACAAGUCCGAUCUCAAUCUCCCGUGGCAGUCGAGAGGCACGAGGCACAGCUCCAGGAAGAGUAUGGGGAAGAUGGCCAAGAUCACCUCGAGGAUAGUGAGGGAAUAGCUGAAGAUGGGGUCACCUCCGUUAUUGGAGAUGCGGAUGGGUUCGAGUCUCCCACAGAAACACCAGAGGAGCUUCAAAAUUUCCCUCUUUCCAAAGCUCGGCUUAAUAAUGGCAGCGUUGUCUACGCUGACAACAAUACCAUAUGCGUUCGGAUCAAAGAAAAGAUGAACCUGGCGCUGGUAGGUCAAUACGAUCUUUGGGUGAAGAGGGGACUGGUGAGCCUCAUGGGCGCCAAAUUACAUCCUUGUUCUCGAGCAUAUCGAGUGUAUGCCCCCUCAACCCACUCCUUGCCUGUCAUCAAAUGUGUUACCGGCGUACAUGGCGAGGCAGAGGUCGAAAUCAAGUCCUGCAAAAGCGGACUUGCUCGCUUACAAAACCUUUCACCACUUUACCAGAGAAUUUGGAAUGGGAAAAGUACGGCAGCAGACAAACUCACCUUGAAAGGUACCUCUGCGGGUUCGCGAAGGACAUUCUCAGUGCUUUACACCUCCGCAGACGACUCCUUCAAGCGACACCUACGUCCCCUGCAUUUGGAUAAGAAGUGGAGUGCCUCGAUGAAAGCGCUUUCGCACAAACAAGGGCAGUUGCGCGUCCUGGUAUGCGGUCCAAAAGCAUCAGGGAAAUCCACUUUUAGCCGCUACUUGCUUAACCACGUCUUGAGUCCUGCCCCAGAGGUCGAGAACGGGUUUAUCAACUCCGAUGGCUGUGCAUUCCUUGACUUGGAUCCCGGCCAGCCCGAAUUCGCAACUAUGGGCCAAGUGUAUCUCGCUCAUCUGCGCACGCCAUUUUUCGGCCCUCCUUUUACACAUCCCUCGUUAGACGAUUCUCGCGAUGGGGAGGUCCUGCGAGCUCAUUAUAUCGGUGCCACCUCGCCCAAAGAAGACCCUGACCAUUAUGCUCUGGCAGUGAUGGAUUUAAUGGAAAGGUAUCGGUCAUUGCUCACAGAGUAUCCUCAAUGCCCGUUGAUUGUCAACUAUCCGGGCUGGAUUUUUGGUCAAGGGCUAGAAGUUGCCACUUGGCUGAUCAGAUCCCUCGGACUAUCUGAUGUUGUCUACAUGAGUGAAAAGGGUCCUGCGGAGGUGGUCGAACCCUUGAGUGUUGCAGCCAACGAGGCUCGAGUCCCUUUGACUAUCCUGCCAUCUCAGCCUACGGACUUUGUAAGCCGAUCAAGUGCUCAAUUACGCGCGAUGCAAAUACAGUCCUACUUCCAUUUGUCACACCCAAGAGGUCUUUCCAACCCACUCUGGCAAGGGACGCCUCUCUCCCGCACACGGCCUAUCAUCGUGAAUUAUGCUGGCGAGAAGCAAGGUAUCCUUGGCGUCAUGGUCCUAGGGGCUCAUAUUGAACCAGCAAUGCUCCGGGAGGUUUUGGAGGGGGCCGUCGUCGGAGUUGUUGCGGUAGAGUCAAGAAAGGCUAUUGAGGGCUCUGCUUGUCAGACCCAAGAGUCUCGUCUCGUGGAAGAUGAGUAUGCGGAGGAAGACCUCGAUAUGGCCAAUGGCAUUGACAUGCAAGAUAACUCAGACCAUGCAUCUCGCUCCCUGAAGGAUAAUUCGACCGACGGCAUUAUCAGAAGCCCCGAGGACGACUUACCUUACCUUUACACGGGGGCUGGAACAUCCGUGCCUCUCCGUCCGAGCGCAUCCAAUUGUCUGGGUCUGGCUUUGAUUCGAUCCGUCAAUGUCCCGUCACGUCAAUUGGAACUUUCGACGCCAAUCCCUCCUUCGAGACUGCAAGACGCAUUUGAGCAGGGCCAUCAGCUGGUCCUGGUUCGUGGUCAAAUUGACAACCCCAACUGGGCUGUCAGCGAAGAGUACUAUGCGGCUCGGGCUGCCGAGCGACGCUACCAGAAGGAAUUCCGGGCCGAUGAGACCGAUUCGGACAAGCAUCCAAAGAUAUUGGACGUCCUCCACAAGCGAGUUCGGCGCGCUAGCAAUGUGCCGUGGAUGACGGUCGUGGAAGACAACAGCCGCCGCCAUCGUGAAGCUGCAGCUCAACGUGAAAGGUCGCUCUGGAAACUGAGGAAGAAGGCUUACCCGGCCAGUGAAAGUGAGACAGAGUGGUGA